CACAUGAACUUUGACCCAAGUCCAGCCGUCUCAAGCCACACCUCACUUGAGAGACAUAUGAACUACAACACCUCCAGUCCGACUGUCUCAGAUAUCACUUCAGCUGUAAAUCCAAACAGAGUACACCAGGCCAUGCACCAUGGAGUGAACAGGGGUGAAAACCACAUAGUACACCAGGACACACACCACGGAGCACACCACGGAGAAAACCAGGGCAUAUAUCAUGGAGCACACCAGGGAGUACACCAUGCAGCACACCAGGACACAGACCACGGAGUACAUCAGGGCAUAUACCAUGGAGCACACCAGGGAGUAAACCAGGGCAUAUACCAUGGAGCACACCACGGAGUAAACCAGGGCAUAUACCAUGGAGCACACCACGGAGUAAACCAGGGCAUAUACCAUGGAGCACACCACGGAGUAAACCAGGGCAUAUAUCAUGGAGCACACCAGGGAGUAAACCAGGGCAUAUAUCAUGGAGCACACCAGGGAGUAAACCAGGGCAUAUAUCAUGGAGCACACCAGGGAGUAAACCAGGGCAUAUAUCAUGGAGCACACCACGGAGUAAACCAGGGCAUAUAUCAUGGAGCACACCAGGAGUAA